CCAGGAAACCCAAGAGGAAAUGACUGAGCCCGUCUCGGUCCCCGCCCGCCAGCGCUCCCCUGGCCACACCCUCCGCCUGGACGCAGCUAGCGCCGCUGCCCUCUCCGCAACAGGCUGCCGGCUCGGGACCCCCAGCUCUGACAGGGAAGAACGGAGCGGUGGCUGAGAAUCCCCACUUCUGAGACCCUCCCCCUCCCCGCAGCCCACCGUUAGCCCUGGCAGGGGUCCUUGAAGCCGCAGGUGCCUGCUCAGGAUGUUGCCCACCGGUUGCCUGUGUCUCCUCCUCAUCCGUGGUCUGAUUCUCCUCACCAGAGGACAGACAUUACAAGAGGCCACAUCCAUUCCUCAAGCAGACCCAACUUCUGAGAACUUUCAUGCCUUGACUUCAGCCCCAGGCACAUUCCACCCUGAACUUCAGCCCACUCCUCCGAUUUCAACCCUGCAGACUGAUGUCAAAGCAACACCAGACCAGAUGCAGACCCAGACUCCGCAACCGACAGAAAUGGAUGUGCUUCUAACAACAGGCCUGGGGACGGACAAGAGCAGCACGCAAGGCUCCACGCCUGCCAAGACACGACCCCCAAACAAAGAUAUGAGAAGGGACCCUGCCUUCAGGCCGACUGGUUCGAGUGAGGAAGACCCCUUCUCCUAUGAUGAGUACACUCUCCGGAAACGGGGACUGUUGGUGGCAGCAGUGCUCUUCAUCACAGGCAUCGUCAUCCUCACCAGUGGCAAGUGUAGGCAGUUGCCCCGAUUAUGCCGGAAUUCUGACAGCUCACUGUGCCUGUCCUCCCUCCCUCUCCUUCCCCUCGUAGAACCUACAGAGUAGUCAGUAAAGCCCAGCCCGAGAGGGAAGGCAUGGAUGGAGCCUGAGCUGGGGCUGGUGGCCGAGCUCCCUACUCUCCCAGCCCUGCUCUCCCUGAAAGCUGCCUGGCUCCCUGGGCACUGCUCCGCAAGUUAUGCGUCUUGUUCAGACAAGAAGUAAAGCACUGUGUUCUUUG